AAAGUCGUACGCAUGUGCAAAUAGUUCAAGCAGCUGCGUUUUUUUAUUUUGCUCCGGUCAAACAGUGUCAAUUUAGUCCAGUGUCCUUUAUUGUUAGAACAUUUAUUAAGGAACGAAAGCAUAUCAUUUGGAUUGUUACUGGAAUGGAUGAUUGAUCAACUCGGAAAGGAGUUGUCAAUUUACCCGACGUUGUUAAAAAGUAAAGUACAAGAAAAAUCCACCUCUUGUGUCGGGGAAGCCCCUCUUGGAAAUCCCCUGUAAUUGUCGGAAUUAUAUAUUUCCAAAUUCAGAUGAGGCACAUCCUUUAGGCUACAUAGUUGACAUCCUCCUCAACCUAAUCUUGAAGACAUGUUGCAUAACCUACGAACACAAACUCUGUCGAACUAAUAAACAGAAUCAUUUCAGAAGCUGAUGGAAUAUUGAAGAUUUUUCCCCAUCCACAUCUGUCAGAAGCAACAGCGAUAAGUGACCUCUGGAAUAAGGAACAUGACUGGAAUAAAGAACACGAUGAAUGUCGAUUUGGAUAAUGAUACGCUGAAAUCAAAAAUACGGAGCUGCCAUACAUUGACUACUUUCUACCACGAAACUCGGCUGGAGAUUGACACAUUAAGUAAGAAAAUCAAGAAAAGGGACAAUUUAAUCGCAGAUUUGAAGGCUAGGUUAGGCAAAUACGAAAAUACCUGUAUCAAUGUGGAAGGGUAUGACCCUGUUGUCAUAGCACCGGCCGAAUCUUUGCUGGAAAGUUUAUGCAAAGAAAUCUGCAAGCUUAAGCUAAAAUUGAAAGACACAGAAAUGAAUGCGGUUCAGCAAGCAGAGUUGAGACAACAAGAGAUACAGAGGUUGCAACAGCUGCUGAGGGAGAUGGAACGAGAGCUGGAGAGUGUGAUCCGUCAAUCAGACCACGAGAAGGACCAGGAUAUCCAGAGGCUCCGCUCUGCCCUGGCCGAGAGGGACCGUGCCCAGGCCACCCGUGCCGUCCUGUGCACCUCGCUGGCUGGAGAGGCCGACCAGCUCCGGGGUCAACUGGGAGCCACAAUCAGGGUGUGUCAGGAGUUACUGGGCCGACUAGAGAGAGAGAAGGGAGGAGAGAGUGUGACGGAGGAGGUGGUGAAAAUGCAGCAGAAGGCAAAAGAGAUAUUGGAUUAUACGGAAGCUGGUCGCGUUGACAUUCGAGUCAGCAAACUCCAAGAAGAGAACCAAAAGCUAACUCAAAGAGUGGCAUAUGUGGAAGGUCUAAACUCCAAAUGGCAAAAGUAUGACUCGAGCAGGGAACAGUAUGUGAGGUACCUGUGUCAGAAGCUGAAUGAGUCUAAUGCCCUGGCUGUUUCCUCCAGCCCUGCUCCAGGUAUGGGGCAUAAGUUAGGGCCCAGACCUACACAAGAGCCUGGGCCUGGCCUGGGCUUGUUCCCAGAGUUGGCCUCAGCCAAAGCUGGGUUGCUCCAGCAGGAGAUAGCCAGGCUCAACGGCCUACUGGAGGAGAAGUUGGGGGACUGUGGGAGGUUGGGGAGAGAGCUGGAUGAGAGCAGGAGACGAUACAAGGACCGCAUCCAGAUGCUAGAGCAACAGGUUCUCAUCUACACAGAUGACUUUAAGUCGGAGCGGGCAGACAGGGAGAGAGCACAGGGCAGGAUCCAGGACCUGCAAGAGGAAGUAUCUCGACUACAGGAGCAGCUACACACACAGGCACAGAGCCCUACUAGAGAUGCCAACUCCACGUGCCGAGUCCAUAAAGGACACCGGAUCUCCCCACACAUGAGCACGGACUCGGCCGAAUCACUGCUGAGGAACAGUGCCAAUCCACCUGUGACAAAAAUCAAAAACUAAAAGUGGGCCUUCACCUGGGGCGGCGUCAGCGGUAAUUAGCACCCAGUCCCACUUGGACAAAGUGCCAGAGUUCGUCAGAACUCCAAUGCCCAAGAUGACAGAUGAUGACACACAUGUGGUGGAGUACCUCAAACACUGCAUGGAGUGUGUCAGGCUAUGAGCUCCGGCGUGAAGUUUCCCCUAGGUACAGCUAUAGGAUAAUUUUCCGUUCCCCAAUCCAAACCAUAAAGUGGGGAAAAUGCAAAACUGACCCAACAUCUAGGGGCAACUUUGCCCUACUCCCAAGCUAUGAGAGUUACUGCCCCUCCCACCCCAUGGGGGUGUUAAGACAAAUAUCGCUAACUGACGAUAAUUGAGCACUGAAAAAAAAGCACUACAUGCACCCUAAGAAGGAUUGGGACCGGGGAGCUUAGAAAACUGACUAGUUCAACUGGGUUGUGUUCAUUAGGCACUAAAUGGAAGAAAAUGGACUGAAACAGGGAGGUACUACCUGGACUUCAGACGCUACCAUGCUUUCUGGUUGUUAAAAGACUGAAUCGAAUAGAUUAGCGAUGCAGAGUUGGAGUGUCAGUACUAGCUUGGUGGUCGUAGUGGGAGAAAUAGUGCUAGCACUUUAUUUUACAGUACAUAAAAGACAAGGUAUUUACCAGGAUACUACAUGGUAAAAUGAUAACACAGUAGUGACUUUGAAUUAUCUGUUUCUUUCGGAUUCGUAACAACAAACACCACUGGCCACCAUUUGAAUGGGUUGAGUUCCUUGAAGGAAAUACCUAAAGUACCCAUUGUUACCAUAUAAUUUCAGAGUAAAUACCUGAUAAAUACCAGUUAAAAAAGUAAGUAAGUGUAAAAUAUUUUUUUGUGGAAUACCUUUGGUUUGGCAAGAUGAAGUGAUUUCCAGUGCAAACCCACUCAUGUUUGACUACAUGACUACAUGUUUGACUACAUGAUCCAUUUCUGUGUGGAGAUGGUUGAUUGCGUGGUCUGUAGAAAAUCUAGAUGGGAAAUUGGAUGUUAAUUACGAUAUUUGAAUGUCACAUACCUCAAUUCAAUAUUCCGGCAUCAAAUUGUUAACCUGUUGCACUUUCCUAACCUGUUUACCAAAGUAGUCAUGAAUGCACAUAUUAUUUUUUUUUAGAUUUAUUGGAUUUGAAAUACAUAAGCUUCUUUCCGGUUGAAGAUACUGUAAUAACGUUGUCUGUCGUUAGCAUGGCGCUAUUUGUUGUACUGUAUAUUUGGAUGUUGUUCAAGUUUUGAGUAAGUUAUCUAUUUUCAAUUUAACCUAUAGAUGUUGACCUAUGAUAUUUGUGCCUGGAAAUAUGUAUUCACAGUAUUAUAUAUGACUGAAUAUUUAUUUGCUAUUAGUGGGGCUUUUUCAAAUGGGCAAAUCUUUAUAGUGCUGUGUCAAAAUGAAUAUCACAUAAUAUGUUUUGAGGUGUUGUCUGAAUCCUGGUACACCUAAGCAGGAUGUUUCCCAAAUCCUGGUAAGACAAGACAGUGUGGGAGACAAAUUCUCCGCAACAUGGCAACCUUAAAAAAAGUGACAUUUGAAACUACAUUUGGAGAAAUUACCUCUGAACUGACACACGUUUUAUUUUUCUAGAAGCCAUUGAUUUAUAAACAUCAAAAUGUGAUUAUCUGUUUUAACCUGUUUAAUUGAAAGGAUAUUUUUGUAAUAAAAAAAAUGUUGUUUGACCAAU